ACUAGUAGUGUGAGUUAAUUUUAGCAACCUAGAAAUGGUGAGGCAAGUAGGUUCAAUUGAAAAAAUGAAAGAGCCAUAUAUAUUAGCAAAGAGAUAUAAUUGGAAAGGGUUUCUAGACUUUUUCCUUAAGCACAAAGAACUAUUAGAUAAACAAAUUGACUUGCAUCAAUGUACUCCUUUUCAUUAUGCAGCACAUUGUGGUAGCUCAGAAAUGUACAACGAAAUGCUAUCGAUGAUUGAUCCAUUAGAAAUGCAACAUGUAUUGAGAAUGCAAGAUGACAUGGGAAAUACACCACUUCAUGAAGUUGCUUUCACAGGAGAAGUUGAAAUGACAAAGAGUAUAUUGAAGAAAGAAGAGGAAACUAUGUCAGAACAGUUUCCUAAGCCAUUGCUAGAACUGAGAAAUAAACUUGGAGAGACUCCUGUGUAUAGAGCAGCUGCUCUUGGAAAGACAGAUUUGAUAAACUGUUUUGUUGAAGAGUUAGGUGUGGAUUUAAGGGAUCAUUUUCAUAGAACUGAGGAUAACAAGUCUAUUCUUCACACUGCUGUCAUCGAUCAAUUCUUUGGAACAGCAUUAUGGUUAUUGAAAUCGUAUAAUGAACUCGCUUAUCAAAAGGACGAAAAUGGCUUAACAACUCUCCAGUUGCUAGCACAGAUGCCAUCUGUAUUCAGGAGUCAAACACCAAUGGGAGACUUCAAAAACUUCAUAUAUCCUCUGCUUCCUGAUUAUCAAGAUUAUGCAUAUUACCUUCAUGAUAAGGAUGAUUCUAUCGAAGGAGAAGAUUUGGAAAUUGGCCAAAAGGGCAUAAAUGAACCAUAUCAAACUCAAUGGAAGCAACCACCCCAAAUUCAUCAUACAAAGCUCUCAGGUUUUUCAUGGAUGUGGUAUGCUAUGUGGAAGGCUCUUUCCAAAGAAUGGAAGGGUAUUGAAAAACUUUGGAGGAAAAAAGAAAUGCAUAACUUGGUACAAGAACUUGUACACUUGUUAGCAAAGAAUGACAAUUCAUGGCAACAUAGCUCAGUAGCAAGGGACAGAACAGUUUCUAUGGGAAGAUCAGGUCAUAUUAUAGAAGGAAAACAAAAAGAGAAAGAAGAAGAACAAGAUGUUUCAAGCCACAAAGCUACUAUUUAUACACCUUUGCUUAUGGCAGCUUGUAAUGGAAUCAUAGAGAUUGUAGAAGUGAUAAUUCAUUUUCAUCCUCAGUCAAUUGAGCAUGUUAGUGAAGAUGAGCAGAAUAUAUUGUACAUGGCUGUCAAACAUCGCCAGUUACGAAUUUUCCGAAUGUUGAAGAAACUGAAAAUAGUGAGACGUCUUGCUGGAAAAAUAGACAAGGAAAGUAACACUGUGCUUCAUAAUACUGCAGAAUUUAAAGGUGGAUCUCAACCUGGUUAUGCCCUACAAUUGCAAGAGGAAUUGCAUUGGUUCGAACGCGUAGAGAAGCGACUUCCUUACCAUUACAUUGUUCACAAGAACAACAACGACAAAACAGCAAGGGAACUCUUUGAGGAAAAGCAUGAACAACUACUAAAGGAUGCUCGUGAAUGGAUAAAAGAGACAGCACAGUCAUGUUCUGCAGUAGCUGUCCUUGUAGCAACAGUUGUCUUUGCGGCUGCUUACACGGUCCCAGGAGGCACAGACGAUUUCGGCUUUCCAAGAUUACUUCAUCAUCCUAUAUUUGUAGUGUUUACCGUCAUGGAUGUUGUGGCCCUUGCAAGUUCAUUGGCUUCAGUGGUUAUGUUCCUCUCAAUCCUCACAUCACCUUGUGAAUUGUGGGAUUUUAGAAGGUCUCUACCAAGGAAACUAAUGGCAGGUUUUGCCUUCUUGUUCUUUUCCAUGGCUACAACAGUGUUGGUGUUUAGUGCAACAGUAUUGGUGAACAUCAAGUUAGAUAACAGCAAAUGGACUUCAAGCUUGACUUAUUGUGCAGCAUUCUUUCCUGUCAGCAUAUUUGCAAUGAUGCAGUUCCCUUUAUAUGUUGCUAUGAAAGGAUGUGUGGUGACAGUCUUUAGGAAACUAAAGAAGAUUGUUCCUCGUUUCUUACUCAAUUUUAUCAAAAGGAGCAAGAGAAAUAGACUAUUUGAUAUUUAAACAUUUUCACCCUUUUUCCUCAGCCAUAAUUUCUUUUGGUUGAGUACAUUUGGCUAUAACAUUUUUCUUUUUCACCCAUAAUUUCUUGUGAUUUGUGGUAAAAAAACAUAAUAAUAAAAACACACCUGUUAUGCAUUGCAUCGGUGUGGCUUGUGUUCCUUGUUAAAUUAUCAAAUAAAGGACAUUAAAAGAAUUCAUUUUGACACAAUUGCGCAAUUUUGGCACUCAUUGAAUCAUCAAAUAAUUAUAUGCUAAUUUUCGUCCACUGUGUAG